GUUUCUGGUCUUAGUUAAAGUAAGUUUUAAAGAUUCGCUAUUCACAUACAUAAACUUCUAACCUUCAAUAAAGUCCAUGGAAAACAAGUUAAAAAUGGUUCUGGGCAUUAGGUUCGAGAUGUAAAGGUACGAGGUGUAUUGGUUUUCGUUUUCCUGAAAAAUUGCAUGUUGGAUACAUACAUUUUUAUUAGAUCAAAUAUCAUGCUCCAUUUAUUGUAAAACGUGCGUCCAACUGUUAAUUGGAAAAAGCGCUUACUAUAAAAAAAAAACCGCUUUACUUUUGUGAAGUCUUAAGUGGUCAAUAAGGGUAAAAACAUGUAGCUAUCUUUUUGUGUCUUUAAUUAGCUCAAAUGCCUUAAAAUUAUUCUUAAAUAUGUUUAUUAGACUUAUUAUCAAAGUCGGCUUUUUCCGGUGGUUUGAGAGCCUCUACGUGUAUAAACCUAAAUAUGAUUCAAUAAAUCUAAUAAAAUUUACGUGAGAUCGGUUUGUCUCGUAGCUCUUAAUCUCAAUAUUUUAUAUGAGAUUAAUGUUAAGAUGUUCGGAAAUCGCGUUAUUUUUGUUUUGCACACUGGUGUAUGAUAACGCAGUGUACAUGUUAUUAUCAAUAUACUAUCUAUUGCAGUGUUGGUUCCGUGUGUCCUUCAGUAAUGUGCGGCCUCCCCGGGGGUCUCGAAAAUUGGUUAAUCUUUUCGCUACUUAAAGCAGAUUUCGCCCGUAGAGUGAGACUCUGUUGUGUCUUUGGAGGGACAGCCAACGAGGCCCUCCUUGUCACCGAUGAUGAUGAGGUGUGGGCUCUUGGAAGCAAUGUAUCUGGGUGCCUAGGAAUUGGUGAUACUCGCACAGCAUUAAAUCCUGUCAAGGUAGAAGCGAUUUGCAAUAAGAACGUUCGAUCCUUUGCGUAUGGAUCUGGGCCUCAUGUACUAGCUCUGACGGCCCAAGGCGAUGUUUAUGGUUGGGGCCAUAAUGGGUAUGCUCAGAUCGGAAAUGGCCAAACAUCUCAGGUAAACUCGCCCGUAUUGAUAUCAAACAAUAUCCCGAAUCCAGUGGCAGAGGUGGCGUGUGGAAGCUUCCAUUCGAUUGCCAGAACGAUUAGUGGAGAGGUCUAUUCAUGGGGUCAAAACAAUUGUGGGCAACUAGGUGUCGGAGCUACAUCUUCAAAUCAGCACAAUCCAAGAAAGGUGACAGGAUUAAUUCAAAGCUUGUUCUGCGUGGGAAUCGCCUGCGGACAAACAUCAACAGUAGCUGUUUUCGAAAACGGUGAAAUUUAUGCUUGGGGUCUUAAUGGUUCUGGUCAGUUGGGGCUUGGAAAUAAUGUCAACCAAAUGUUACCCGCUAAAAUUGAUGGCCUUAAAAAUGUCACAAUUCAAAAGGUUGUUUGCGGAUUCGCACAUACAAUGGCCCUCUCAGAUGAGGGUACACUAUACGUAUGGGGAGCAAACUCUUACGGUCAACUCGGACUUGGUAACAAGGCUAACCAGGUAAAUCCUGUCCGUAUGAAGACAGACCAAAGUCGAAUCAUCGAUGUGGCUGCGUCGCACUACACACAGAUUUCCGCAGCCCUCACUGAAACUUCAAAGGUAUUAAUGUGGGGUCAUUGUCGGGGUCAAGCAGUGACAGAGCCUAUCGUUACGCCGUUCAAAUCACUUCAUGAUGUCUUCGCUGCAUUUUCUUCGGUGGCAAUCACACCCCUGCCUAUGGUUGUUGGUCACAGGUGGGAACGCUGUCUUACGGGUAUUCUGCGCCAACAAUUCAACGAUCCGACCCAUUCGGAUAUCAAAUUCGUGGUAGAAGGAAAAACGAUUCAUGUUCACAAGACAAUACUCAAAUUUCGAUGCGAGCAUUUCCGUACGAUGUUCCAGGACCAUUGGGCGGAAAAUCAAAAAGAUACCAUAAAAAUCGAGCAGUUCAGCCAUCAGGUCUACAAAGCAUUCCUUGAGUAUCUCUACACGGGAGAGGUGGCUCUUUCACCAGAAGGUGCCAUUGGCCUUCUGGAUCUUGCCAACGCAUAUUGUGAGAUUGGUCUCAAGGUGCACUGCCAGAAGAUAAUAAAAAAUGGCAUUCUUGUAGAAAAUUGCGCUUUGCUAUAUGCCGCCGCUAUAAAAUACGAGGCCAAGGAACUUGAGGACUUCUGUUUUAGAUUUGCGAUGAAUCAUACGACAGCGGUUGUGCAAACCGAGGCGUUUAGCAAACUGGAUGACGGAACUUUAAAGGAUUUUAUUGUUAGAGCGGCAAAAUAUGGCGCGUUCCGGCAUUGACCAGAUCGAGAUCGAAUAGAAUGUUCAGAAACUGACACGAGGAAGCAACGCGUGCGAGGUGGCCUGGUACUGCUUCUUGUAGCCACGAGGAUGACUUACGAUGCAGACUGUAUCGAAAUUGUCUGUUGUAUCAAUGGAGUGAAAUACUCAUGAAGAACUUACAGCCAUAAAAGAGAGACGGUGCUCAAUUACCUUUGUCAUGUUUUAAGAGUUACGGCUAUACAAUUAACACUAAAAGCCUUCUAUCGGGAUCUGUGCGGCGAAACCUUUCUGAUGUUCUGGCGUCGUGGCAGUAUUAAAAAAUGUAAUGGUUGUUUUGUCUUAACACUAACUUACAUUUAUUAACAUUAUUUUCAAGAAUAUUGGUCACAUAUAAACUGCUUUUUGUAAAUGCUCAGACUUCGCUCAGGGGUUCAAGAGAUUGUUAUCUAUGGUAAAAAUAAUAAUCCAUAAUAUAUACAGCUGAGGUCAAACAAUAUUUUUUUAAAUCCUGCCGGCCUGACUGCAAGCAACUCGAGUGAAAUUAGGAUGUGGUCCACAUAACUUCGAUAGCUAAACUUGAAUGUGAUACAUCGACUCUGACUUCGAAUAAAGAAUUUAUACAAUGAAUACAGAUAAUAUAGGACAAGCGAUAUUUUAUAUAUGUUCACACACAAAAAGACCUGAGCCCGCUAGUCUUACUUCGAAUAUGUACAAGCCAUUAAAUGAAGCGCUAUGAAUAAUUAUGUCAGCCGAUGUAAAUACUAAGUAGCUUACAAGUAAACAUGAUAGUUCUUUAAUAAGAGAACAACAGUUUUUCAUUGGUUUUACAUUGAAAUUUCAAUUUAGAUUACGUGGACUGGACUGGAUGACUAACAUCUUUACUACUGGCGAAAUUCCGUAGGCGUUGUUAGCUUCUGCAAAUAGUAAUAGUAAAAGCGGCACUUUAUGCUUCGGGUAUGGAAAAGCUUGUUGUAGGUCAUUCUGAAAAAUGACGCCGGAAAACAGAGGUAGUUGCCUGAAAAACCGUGAAACGCUCCUUCAGAGUGUAGUCUACAAAAUUUCGGUAAACUGGAAACACAGACUUCUCGAAUCUGGAUCAAGUCAACUGCUCUAAAGUUAGUGUUUGUCUUGCACGCAUCGACUUGUAAUUGCAUUUGCGGUAUCCGGUGUUAAUAGCGGUUCCAUCGUUCGUCAAAGUAAUUUAUCAGGUGUUCCAUAUUCGUUGUGAGUCAACGCGAAAAAUUGAGGGAGGGUUGGAGUGUCUAAAAAAGCGGUCGUCGUGUAACAGUUUGUUGCACUAACAUGUUCUAUGUUCGUAAUAUAAAUGUUCAUAACGAAGUAGCUUAAUGUUAUUUUUUUUACCCAUAAUAAAUUUUAACAUUAAACGAUAUUGAUAGAUGUAGAUAUACUGAAGUGCCACUCAGGUACGCUACUCAUGAAAUUUUAGCGGACUCGCAUUUUAAGGCAAUAAUAUUUUUAAAGAAAAGGAAAGGAUACAUUUUAAGAACCAAAAAGCUUAGAAACAGAAGGGUUCUGGGCGGCCAAAGGGUCGAAAAGGCGCAGAGUGGAGUAAAAAGUUUUGAGAAGACUGAAACAGAAGCGGAAGAAAAAUAAUUAUUCAAGCUAAUUUGAACGAUUUAACUGGCAGUUUGAUACUUUCUCCUUUAAAACGACCGUUAAUCUCUGUAUAAAAAAUUCAGGCGUAGCAAAAAUGGUUACUGAGUCAUUUUCAUGAUUUAGGUUUUUAAAUUCAAACCGUGUGUAGUAUUUUCGAAUUUUAUAAAAAAAGUUUCUCAGAUUAUUCAAAAGCUGUAUAAAAACUAUCAAUGACGUGGACUGUGGAUUUCGGGCAAAAAAUACAUUUUCUGGGCACAAGUUUUUCCGACGCACGGGGGUCGGGUAAUAGCUUAUCUUAAUACCUAAGUAUUAAUGGUAGUCAGAGUAAUCGGAAUAUAGGUGCCGUAUCUUAUAUAUCUCUGCCUAUCUUUUAGAAUCAUCCGUUUCGUUGAAUAAUUUCUGAUAAAAUUUAAAAUACCAAAUUGUACGGAGUGACCAUCUUUAAAUUUGCAAAUGAAGAGCCAGAAAUACUGCGAGAAUCUAAAGAGACAGAUAAUUGCAAAAAUUAUACUUCUCUGCAAAUACUUCGAGUCUUAUAUAAAAAUCGGCGUUUUAUAAGUAGGUAUAUUUGAGUUUUAGUCAAAGUCACAUACAUUUGUAUAAAUCCGCAUCUUAUUCAAGUAUUAUGACCAUUGUCUACCUUAAUAAAUCUCUACCCAGAAGUAGCAUUUUACAGUACAGUAGCGAUAAUAUGAAUAAUAUAGGCAACCAGUUUCAAGCUUAGUAUCAAGUUGACAGUGCCAAAUGUCUUUUGGAUGCCAAUUUUUCACUGUAUAAUAUGCUAGUCGUUCUCUUCUAAAUAUACUGCCAUACUUAAUGAAUUCGAGUUUUUUUACAUGUUUUUGUUUGAAGUGUCUUGUUACCGUGUGACAUACAAACAAUGAAGUUUACAUAGUCAAACAACUAAAUACACAUUGGUAAGUUUCUGUUGACUUUCAAGCACGAUCUCUCUAAUCCAUGUACUAACUUUCUGUUAGCGUAAAAAGCUACAAAGUUAUAGGCAAGGCUCUAUAUACCGCCUCCGGCUACCACUAGGUGCUGAGAAACAGCUGUUAAUUUUGUGAUGUCCUCCUACGCGGGUGUUAACGGUGGUUCGACGGCUUCGUGUGUGGAGUCUUCUUUAUUAUCGUCAUCAAGCAGUGGCGGUGGGAUAGGAGCUGCUACCGGGUGCUGUGAUCGUCUCUGUGAAGCGCAGGAAUUUCACGGCAAAAUGGCGGGAACCCUUGAAGAUGUGGACAGGGAAGUAUACCUGAUCCCAAGUAGUUACAAUGGUGGAUCCUAUCAGUAAGAAAUCACUGGACAGCCCGUUCGCAUAAAGGUACAAUACGGUAGAUGUUUUCAGAAUUUCUUCUGAGUUAUAUUAUUUGGUGAAUGGCGAACGCGUGUAUUUUUGUAUAUAGCUACUUGACAUUUAUGGGGACCUUAGCAUGCUUUUGCGGUGACAUUUUUUUG